AGUAUCGUGACGCUUUGCCGUGAGUCUUGUGGAUAGUUUUCUCGUGAAAUUUAGAGUUUUCCACAUGAUUUAGGGAUUCUGUGCGAAAGAUGGAGCUUUCUGUAAAGACUUCUACAAAAUUUGGCAAUAAUGUGUUGUUGGAAGACAGACUUGAAGGGGAAAAUGGGUUUGAGAGACUGAGUGGAAUCACCCGAAAUGGGAAGCUGUGCUGGCUGGCUAAAGGACCUCUCUUUGAGGUUAGAUCUCUGACGACCGGGAGCAAGAUUUCUAGAUAUAACUUCCAAAAGGUCCUCAGAUCUUUGACCCUCAGCAUUACUUGUGUUACUGAGAUCGAUGUUCCGGAGGUGAACACUGUCGUACUGGCGAUUGGGCUGAAGACUUCUGCCUUUGCUGGCGUUAUAUGCCUGUAUUCAGUGCUCGGAUCGCGUCCACUGCAACUAAUCAGCAUUGACGAUGGCAUUGAAAGUUGUGCAGGCAUUCAGGUGGACCACUUGAGCAAUAUCCUCUCGACUUUUGACGGAUGUCUGGCCGUGGGCACGACUUCUGGUCAUGUGGUGCUGAUAAAUCUCAACUUGAUGGUGUUUAAAGUCAGUCUGUUUGCCUACAAUCAGCACAUUCUGUGCCACAUCGAUCCCACGCCCUGCAUCGUGAUUCCUGCAGAGAGCUCAGCCGAAGAGAUGGAGAUGCUAUUUGAGCAAGCUUCCAGAGAGAAGGUCUUCUUUGGCGUCGAGCUGGCCGUGGAAGAUGAUGCUUCGGCUGUUGUCUCUCUCCUGGAUCUGCCGGAUCUUGUGAUGCUCGUUACGGGAUAUGUGGACGGGUCGUUGAUGCUGUAUAAUCUUCAGAAGCUGGAGGGAAUUCACAAAGCUUUCCCGCCAAAGAGUGAUUGUCCAUUGAUGAAGCUGGCUUUUAUGGAGCCCGCUGAUGAUCCUCGAGGACAUGUGUACAUCUGGGCGCUGCACACAUGGACAAAUCUCCCGAUUGCCGUGAUGCAUUCGGUGACUAUUGAGCAGAGAACCGACGAAACGAAUUCCAUGGUGUACAAGUACUUCAAAUCCAGCCGACCCUGUCUCACCAUGUUGAAUUACUCAGAGGAGCUUUACCCGGUGGAGAGCCAGAGCUUCAGCCGCCAUUUGACACCUGAAGAUCCCAUGUCGAGUAUUUGCAUGCUCUCGUGGGGAUCUCAAGACGGCGGAGGGAAGAUUCUGAUCUUUGACCUGAAUCAGUGGUACAAGGAGAAGAUGCCAGACUACUUGGAGUGGAAUGAGAAAGUGAGCUACCUGGCAAUCUUCCCUACGACGGGCGAGCCUGUGCUCAAUGUGUGGCUCGAUGAGAGUUCAGUGAUGACGUUCAAUUCCAUCCAGCGCCCUGAGGAGCACUUCUAUCCCAACUCUCUCACCUUCGACUGUGUCUGUGUGUCAGAUAUUGGGAGUACUCAAUACAACUGGCCAGGACUGCAGAACAGAGUGCUGGAGAACUUUAUGACAUACGGACCGAAAGCCAUUCUGGAGCCCGAUGAGUGCUUCAAAGAGAUGCUGGAGGCUGUCCUCCUGCCGCAAUUCACCGAGUUCAAGCAUUCGGAGAACUCUACACUCACGGCCAAAAGAGAUCUGCUGCUCUCAAUUGCGCUGGAGUACAAUUGCGUAGGCAUCUUGAGGGAGUGUGCCAAAGUGUGGGCGGACGGAAGUCACCUGGGUCGUCAGCCAUUCGAGGGUCUGUCCCUGUCCACGCUGACGGAGUGGAUUUGGCAGCGAGUCGGCGCCAUUCGGGAGUGCUGUGAGAAUCUCUGCGAAUCCCUCUUUGAUUUCUCAGGCAGACGCCUUGACAGUCGCUCCACGGAGACAUUGGCUCACUGCACACGCCAGCUGAGACUCCUGGCAGAGCUCAUGGAGAUGAUCAUCAACUUUUGCUCCGAGUACAUUCCAUACGAUGUCAAAGAGACACUCAAUGAGCAGCUGAAGAUGAUGCAAGCCUCGGCUGACUAUCACGAAGUGAUUCAGUGGCUACACAAUAUGGGACUCCUGCCAGAGGGAAACUGGUCGUCCUCGUCGAAAGCAUGUGAAGCAACUGCCAUUCCCUAUCCAUAUCCCAUCUUGAGGAGUUUCUACGAGAAGCAGAGGAUCAAAUUCAGCAAUUUGACGAAGAAGGGAACGUACCGCAGUGGAAAGUACAGCGACAGUCUCAUCUAUAUCGACGCGUUCAUUGAGGAGGAGUGCUGUGGUGCAUUUCUGAGGAGGAAAUGGCACGUGAGUGGAGACGAUGGUCUCUAUCCACUGUCAUCCCUCCGCAAAAUGACUAACAUCUUCCUCCUGAGUGAGAUUCCUGUGGAGAACAAGUAUGCGCUCUUCAUGUAUCUGUUCCUGGAUCUGGACAUGACAAUGAAGAAUGAGGAGAAGUAUGCUGGAAUCAUUCGGAAUCUCAUCAAGUUCCCGGCAGUCUUCAAGAUGAACACAUCAACCAUUAAGAUAACGCAGGCCUUCUGGAAACUCGAUCACGGUGAUCUUGAGGGCGCUCUUGAAGACUUGGUCUCACCACUCGGCCAGGGAACUUACUUGUCGCAAUGGCAGAGGGAAUUGCUGAUUGAGUGCCUCCUUGUGCAGGACAAUCUGUGUCUGGCACUGCGUGCUCUUCAGGCACCAGGACCGCCGAUUUCUCCGCUCCUGGAGAUGCGAACGCUCUUGUCGAAUAAGAUGGUCUGCGAUGCCUUCCAGCUGCAGAAAAAUAGCGGCGAUCCCUGCUUCAUGUGGGAGUUCUUCAAGCAGUGCUGGGAGUUUAAGCUCUUGGGUCAGAUCCUUAGUCUGGCUCUCACAGAUGUCGAAGGGGAGAUUCUGUGCUUAUUCCUGAAGACUACUAAUUCAGCUUUGGCCAGCAAUCUGCGGUUUACCUAUCUACUGCAACGCUCAAAGUACAUGGAGGCUCUGGCUCUGUUGGCGGAAUUGAAGGAGAAGCAGGGACUGCAAGGGAUGUUCGACACAGAGACACCUUGUCUCGUAAUGGAGGCAUACAAUUCAACCAUGACGCCGAUGGUGCGGGAUCUCUCGCAAUUGGUGAUGAAGCAGCAUGGAAAGGUGCAACACAAAAUCACCGAUCCGGUGCCAUUGAGCAGUAGUUUGAUCAAAGAGCGUCAGAGCUUGGAAGGCGGGAUUUACAACAAGUCGGCGGCCGCCGUUGAGGAUGCCACUCUGUCGUGGUUGUUCCAAGCGAAGACCAGCAAUAAUCUGACCAGUGCACCGUUUGUGCGAAAGCCCAUCCAGGAGUUUCUGCUGAAGCCGGAGAGCAAGGUCGUUUAUCCACGUGUAAUUGAGGGUUCGCAGAAGAGGAAGCUGGAGAGAGAGUCUCCGAUGAGUGGAGAAAACGAGGGAGGAGUGAAGAAGUACCGAUUAGAUGAGCCGUCACGUCAUCUCACCACGUUCGUGCAGAAGAGUCGAGCUAGUGAAUUUGCAGACAGUAUGCACAAGCAGAUCAACAAAGUCCAGGAGAUUAUUAACACUACUCAGAGUGGUUCGACAGUGGCGCAAACAUCUCUGAAGUUUUUCGAAGUGGAAACUGCAGUGAAGCCACUUGAGGAGUCAAUGGAUGUUUCGCCAAAGUCCACAUCUUUCUUGGGAGCAACUCCGCGACCAUCAAUCAGACAAACCACAUUUGAUCAUUCAACGGCUUCUGUUACUUCUGUCCAGGAAUCCUCUGUGGAUGAAUUCUUCUCGCCAAACACUUCGAGAGUGGAGGAGAAAUCGUAUGAAUGGCCAAAAGCAAGGAAAUCUCUGCGAUCUCUCUCGCCACAAGAGACUAAUAAAGAGCCUGAAGUUAUGGAGACACAUGAGGGAGCGCAGGAAGAAGCUUUGGUGGAGAACAAAGAAGUCGUUGAGAUUGUGGAAGUUUCAGGAUCUGAUCGAGCGGAGAUGAGUAUUCCUGAGAUUGUCAUCACCUGUGAAGACGACGAAGUUGCUGAAGAGGCCAAAGAAGAGGAAGUUGUUGAAGUGGCCAAGAAAGAGGAAGCUGUUGAAGAGGCCAAGGAAGAUGAUCUUGGAGAAUCGUCAAUGCAGUCUGAGGAGAAGGAAGAGAGUGAGGAUGACACUCCGCCGCCACCGAAGAGACUCCUUCUCAAUCCAGCCGUGAGGUUUGCCCAGAAGCAUUUGCAGAAGAUUCUAUCCAACACAAGGUCGUCCGAUUCGGAAGAGGAGGAAGAAGAGCAGGAGCAACUUGGUAGUGGUGAAGAAGAGGUGGACGAAGAGUCAGCCGAGGAAGGUACAGAAGAAGAGAAUGGGGAGGAGAUAAUUGAGGGAGAAGAGGACGAUGAUGAGGAGGAUGAGAGUGGAUCCGAGGACAGUGAGAGUGACGAAGAAGCCGAGCAAGUUGCGAAGGCGUAUAAGUUUUUUCAUGAAGAUGAUGAUCAGCUAAAGGAGAAAUCAUCGGGGGAGAGUGAUUACAUAGUGUCAGAUGAGGAAGAGAUGCAAGAGGUGGUGCAGAAGUCAGUGCCGAUGAGAGUGCCAAUUAUCAGUGAUGAAGUGAUUGAUAUUCUGGAUAGUUCUGAGGAUGAGGAUCGUCAUUUUGAACAGGAGGUCAGACACACGGUUGAGGAGACAGAUGAACUGAAUAUUCAGGAAGAGCCACAGGCUCCCAAUCAGGAGAUCCAGUCGCAUGAGUUGUACGCCAAUUUGGAGAUUGAAGAGGAAGAGUCUCAAGGCUCGAAGGAUGCUCUCAACUAUGCACUGCUUAUUGAGAGCCCUUCUGAAACUCAGGGAGAGUCUAAUCAAACGCCUGUGGUGGAGGAUAUGGUAGAGAUGCACAACCAGGCAGUGCUCAUGACAACAGUCUCUUCGUACAGUGAGUCAUUCGAAGUGAGAGAAGUGAAUUCAGCUGAGGAGACGCACAACAGGGCAGUUUUGAUGGACACUGUCUUCUCGCCGGCCGAUUUGGAGCCAAUUGAGGAGGAGCCAUCGAUGGAAGUGCUGAAUACUGGAACGCUUAUCACGACGGUUUAUCCCAAUGAGGUGUCGCAAGGCAUGUUUCCCGAAGAGGCGCCGUCAGUGGCUGAAGAAUCCACGCUGAAUGAGAUGGAGAAGGGAAUUAUCUAUGAUGAAGAAGAUGAGGAAGAUAUUUCCUUCAAAUCUUGCACACAAGUGGAGAGCAAAAGUGACAUUCAGGAGGAACGGUCUGAAGUGGAUCAAGCGGUGUCUAUUCAAGAUCACCCUCUGACAAUAGAACCAGUGCAGGGAACUUCCAAACUGGAGGAAAACACAGAAACGGUUGAAGGUCCUGAAGGUGAGAAGAUGGAGGUAUUUGAAGUUAUUCCUCCGCCUAAGUUUGCUUAUCAGACAACAGAAGAGAUUAGUAGUGUACAGGAAGCAGUUGUGGGUGAAGUUGCAGUUAAUCUUGUUCAAGAAGAGCGAAAAGAGGUCUUUGAAGUAAUUCCUCCCCCGAAAUUUGCUUAUCUAACAACGCAAGACGACAAGGAGUCUCUUGGACAGUCGAAAGCUGUGAAACUGAGUGUUGACGCCGUUCAAGAAACUCCUGACACAACUUCAGUUGAUCUCGAACACCCUGAAGGUCAUGAUGACCACCAAGAAGCCAUGGAAGUUGAUCCUUCUCCUGAAACUAUUGACCAAGAAAUGGAAGUCGAUAAUGAAAAGAUUCAAGAGACUGAUAAACCUUCAGACCCUGUGAAAUUGGCUGAUGACGCCGUCCCGGGAGAUCAUCAUCAGGAAAUUCCUGACACGACAUCGAAGGAAGUAGAAUUGAGUGAAAAUCCUGGCCCUUCAAGGGAAAAAGUGGAGGACAAAAUCGAGUCAGAAAAUGACGAAGUCAAAGUGAGCGGACCAGUGCGAAAGAACAAAGGCAGAGUCGCUUCAUCUAGCAAGGGAAGGAAGAGAUCGUCAUCCACGGAGGAGGUGCAAGCGAAGGAGACCGUAAAAAGAAAUACUCGAGCUGCUUCUGUGCCCAAGAUGUCUAUUAUUCCGGAGGAGAUUUCUCAGGAUGAGACCGUGGACGUGAAGGAGGUUGAGCCGAAGGUGAAGACAACGCGCUCAAGAUCCAGGGCUACUUCUGAGAGCAAGGAAAUCGCUCCAACGAGAGUGAUGACCAGAAGGCGCUCCUCUGUCUUGGAGGAGACUGAGAGUCCUGCAAAUCCUCGCAGUACCAGAGCGCGUUCGAAGCCUCCUCAGGAGAAUGUGGAUAGUCCAGGGCCAGCGUCCAGGAUGCGUAGGGCACAAAGUGAGGAUCCUGAAGUGAAGAGAUCCACUAGAGCACGAUCCAAGACGCCAUUGGGAACUCCGGAGAAGGAAGAAGCAAAGCGCACCCCGGCGAAGCGCGCACGCUCAAGGCUGGGAUCGACUUCCUCUGUUGAUGUCCAGGAUGAUACUCCUUCCAAGAACCUUCGAAGCCGCGCUCGCUCGACUGAUCAGGUGAAUUCUGAGGAUGAAUCGAAAGUGGACACAAGUGGUGUGACGAAGAGACGCAAUAUCAGGGCAUCUUCGAAGCAGCCAACGGAGCCAGACAUCCAAGAGGAGGAUUCUGAGGAUGUGCCGGAGUACACUCAGACUCGGCGACUGACUAGGAAGCAACUGGCUCUCAUGCAGAAGGUGUCCAAGGCUGCUCCAGCAUAUCCAGUGAGGAAACUAAGAGGGAGGAAGGCGUCUGCUGCAGGAGAUGAUAACGGGAGUGACCAGGAGUCAGUCCAGAGCGAGAAGUCCACUCCUGAAUCUGUGAAAUCAAAGAGCAGUCGCAUCAGCAAGUCUUCGCGUGGCAAACGGGCAGCUAGUGUCGAGUCUACCAAGUCCAGCGUAAGCACUGAAAGCAAGACGCGAGGGCGAAAGGCUGCCAAGGUGUCGGCUGAUGAUGCUCCAACGCGCUCCCUCAGGACCAGGAAGUAAGCCAGAGAGAAAGCCAGGAGCCAAAGCAUCUGAAAAAAUUUUCUGUGGGAUGAGUUUCUGUAUCUGAAUUUGAAUGAAUACUUUAUUAUGUGACUUGUAUCUGAAUUUGCCGCCAUUAAAUUGUUGAACAUUCCGAAAGGCCUAU